GUCUCGUCGAUGCUCAGUUUCCGACGAUGACGAGGCUGUUGACUGCCUGAUGGAAGUUCUUGGCGCUGGCAGCUGGAGACCGCCUUACAUAAGCCGACGUAGCUCCACCGGAGCGCCUGCAUCGCCUUGGACAGCAACGAAAGCUCCAGACGCCUCACAUCCCAAGCUCAUACACUCCCCGAUACCUCUCUUUGCACGCAGUGCCAGGUCCGUCCGGUUAUAGCUUGGCAUCUGCUAGGACAUCCCACCUCCAUAUCUACCGCCACAUCUGUUGAUCGCCCACGGCCUUACUGGCCAGAUACCCGUCAGAGUCUCUCGGAAUGGCGAAGGAAGACGAGCGGCAGGGUGCCGCAAACAAGGGAAAGGGCAAGGUCGAAGAUGCCCGAGAGUUGAACGGAGGUGCAAAGAAUGUUAAGGAUGAAAAGACGAAGGCGAAUGGGAAGAAGGACGAGGGACCCAAGGAAGAGGAACUGAGCGAGGAAGACCAGCAGCUUAAGGGCGAGCUGGAGAUGCUCGUCGAGAGACUAAAGGAACCAGAUACCUCCCUCUACCGACCGGCUUUGGAUGCCAUCAAGACGUUCAUCAAGACUUCUACUUCUUCCAUGACUGCCGUGCCAAAGCCGCUUAAGUUUCUCAGACCGCACUAUGAAGAUCUUACGGCACUGUACGACAAAUGGGAAGCAGGACCUGAUAAGGAUUCGCUGGCCGAUAUGUUGUCGGUGCUCGGUAUGACGUACGGAGAUGAGGAGAAGCUCGAGACGCUGAAGUGGCGCCUUCUUACUACAUCGGAAGACCUUGGCUCCUGGGGUCAUGAAUACAUUCGACAUCUGGCGCUGGAGAUCGGGCAAGAAUACCAGAAUCGGUUGACGGACGAGAAAGAUUUCCAGGACCUGACAGAUCUUACUCUAUCUCUCGUCCCCUACUUCCUGAGUCACAACGCCGAGGCCGAUGCUGUUGAUCUUCUAAGCGAGCUGGAAAUGAUCGAGGAAAUCCCCCGGUUCCUGGACGAGAACACAUACUCCAGAGUGUGCUUGUAUAUGGUCAGCAUGGUCAACUUGUUGACGUACCCCGAAGACCAGCAAUUCCUUCGAACAGCUCACGACAUCUACGUCCGCUACAACAAGUUGGCUCAAGCCAUGGUCAUCGCUAUCCGCCUUAAUGAUAUUGAUCUCAUUAAGAAGGAUUUCAGUGCUACCGAGGACAAGGCACUAAAGAAGCAGUUGGCUUUCCUCGUUGCUCGGCAGCAAAUCUGGCUUGAUCUGCCUGAGGAUGAAGAGGAUCAGGACCUGCUUGACUGUCUUAACAACACCCAGAUCCCGAAUCACUUCAAGGCCUUGGCGAAAGAGCUCAACAUUCUCGACCCGAAGAUGCCGGAAGACAUUUAUAAGACACAUCUAGAGAGCAGCAGGGGAGCCGGUCUGACGAACGUCGACUCUGCAAGGCACAACCUUGCCAGUGCUUUUGUGAACUCCUUCGCUAACGCCGGUUUCGGCAAUGAUAACAUGAUGCUGGUCGAAGGUGACAAGGGCCCCUGGGUUUGGAAGACCAAGGACGACGGUAUGAUGUCGACGACGGCAUCUAUGGGAAUGCUCCUGCACAGGGAUGUUGAAGAGGGCCUAGGGAAGAUCGACAAGUUCACUUAUGCUCAAGAGGACCAGAUCAAAGCGGGAGCUCUCCUUGCCAUUGGUAUUCUUAACUCCGGUGUCAGGAUAGACUCGGAUCCUGCUUUGGCCCUUCUGAGUGAUCCGGACAACCUUGAGAACAAGAGUGUCCCGAUGAGAGUGGCCUCUAUCAUGGGUCUGGGUCUGUCGUAUGCUGGGUCCAACAAGGAAGAGCUUCUCGAUAUUCUACUGCCCAUUGUUGAAGAUGUCUCUCUCGAUAUGCAGCUGUCAGCGAUGGCUGCCGUCUCGUUAGGUCUGAUCUUCGUUGGAUCUUCUAACCACCAAGUCAGUGAAGCGAUCGCUACGACGUUGAUGGAUGAAGAACGACAGAAGCAUCUUAAGGACAAGUGGACCAGAUUCAUGGCCCUUGGUCUGGCGCUUCUAUACUUUGGUAAGCAGGAAGAGGUGGAUGUCAUCCUAGAUAUUCUCAAAGCAGUCGAUCACCCUAUGGCGAAGCCAACAUCCGUGCUCGCUUCUGUCUGUGCUUGGGCUGGAACAGGUACUGUGCUGAAGCUGCAGGAACUCCUCCACAUCUGCAACGAGUAUAUUGAGGAGAAGGAGGAGAGCAAGGGUGACGAGCUCGUGCAGUCGUACGCUGUUCUAGGUCUGUCGCUCAUUGCAAUGGGGGAGGAAGUCGGUCAGGACAUGAUCCUGCGCCAAUUCGGCCACCUGAUGCACUACGGCGCCAGCAAUAUCCGAAAGGCAGUGCCCCUUGCAAUGGGUCUUAUCAGCCCCAGCAACCCUCAGAUGAAGGUCUACGACACUCUAUCCCGAUACAGCCACGACACUGACAAUGAUGUCGCCAUCAACGCUAUCUUCGCCAUGGGUCUCCUUGGUGCUGGAACGAACAAUGCUCGUUUGGCCCAACUGCUGAGGCAGCUGGCGAGCUAUUACCACCGCGACCAGAACUCGCUGUUCAUGGUCCGCAUUGCCCAGGGUCUCCUGCACAUGGGCAAGGGUACUCUUACGGUUAACCCUUUCCACACUGACCGUCAAGUGCUUUCCCGAGUAGCGGCCGCUGGACUACUCACUGUCUUGGUUGCCAUGAUCGAUGCCAAGCAGUUUGUCCUCGCCGAACACCACUACCUCCUUUACUUCCUCAUCACUGCCAUGUACCCACGAUUCCUGGUUACCCUUGAUGAGAACCUCCAGCCCUUGACUGUCAACGUCAGAGUUGGACAGGCCGUCGAUGUGGUCGCUCAAGCCGGUCGACCCAAGACCAUCACCGGAUGGCAGACACAGAGCACGCCAGUGCUCUUGGCAUACGGUGAGAGAGCGGAGCUGGAAGACGAGGAGUAUAUCUCGCUCAGCAGCACUUUGGAAGGAUUGGUAAUCUUGCGCAAGAACCCGGACUGGGAAGCCUCAGCAUAAAGUGCUCGGGCACUAGAAUUUCUUAGAUCGAUGUUUGAGGGAGGUCGGCGGAUCAGGGAACAAAACGGUUCUCGGGUAUGGUCAUGUCUCAUGUAAUAGGAACAGUCGCGGAAUUUCGAAUACACCUUAUUCUCUUACUGCUCUCAGUAGCGUAGGCCCCGGCAUUUGAUCGAUUGUACACUGCGGAUGGGAGGAGGACUGACAGGACUUCUCUCAUCGAAAGCCUAGGUAGAGACGCACUCUAUAUGUCUGUGAAUAGACUAAAUCUGGAAGCAUGUAGUGA